AUGAGGGGCGUACGGAUCUUUAGUAGCUGCUUGCUGCUGCAGCUGUUGCUGCUGCAGCUGCAGCACCUGAUGCUGCAUGCAGCAGGAGCGGAUGGCUCUGACCAACCGGGAAGCGGAACAGGUGCUUCUUCUUCCUUAGAGAGGGAAGGAGAAGCAGCAGGCACAGGAGGAGAUACCGAGAUUAUCGAUGGCAGCAGUCUUUCCUCAGAGCUAGGGAGGCCUACUCUUUUAGAACUCAUGAGAGCGGCAAGACUAGAGAGGACCCUUUUAAAUAAACCCAAGGGGAAGGCAGCAGGGUUUGCUUCUCUCUUUGACACCACCAAACUUAUGGCUGUCUUCGUUACUGUCGCCGUCCUCCUAUACGCUGUCAGAGUCCGCACCCGAAGAUACACCGCAGACGAAUUGACCCUGAAGAUGUCUCGUCAGGCGCGAUGGUUUAAGCCGCGAUUUGCAGCAUACACUGCAACUGACGGGCACAUCUACGUCGUCACGCUGGGCUUCAGGGGUUUGGAGCGUGUGGUGCUGCCCAAGAGGUACUCACAGCAAGUUUGUACACUGGCUCCUGGUAUUGCUGUCGUUAAAGUGUUAUUUGUGCAUGCAAGGCGUUUGCUGCCGCAGGAAAAAGAAAAUUUAAUUGGUUUGUUUGAACGCGCCCUUCGGCAUUUUGAAAGUGUCCCCCCGGAUGAGACAAGCGGUUAUUUAAUUGAAAAUUGGAGUCCAUCUGAAAAGAUACCGCCAAUAGACAUCCGCAUUUGGGGCCCUCCUAUACUGGCGCCUCAAGUAGCUGUCCUCUCGCCUCCUGAGGAGACAAUGGAGACAUUCUUGACACUUGAUAUCUUCGCCCUUGUCCCUUCUACGCAGCGGGCCCAGCUAGCAACAGCCCGGGCCCCAGCUAGCAACAGAGCGCGCCCCAGCUAG